AUGGUCAGCAUGGUUGAGACCUCGUGGCCGCCAAAGUCCCCUCGGGAGGCUCUUCUCAGUUCCCCGAGCGGUCGAAAGAAGUAUCAAAAAAUGCUGCAACGUCGGGCAGAAAACCUAGGAUCGCCGCUGAAACACUCUACCCCGACGCCUAACCUCCGGACCAAAACCCAGCGGCUACUCGAUGACGGGAUGGACGAAUUGGACGAAGAUGAGGAUGAGGAAACCCUUCAUUUGAAGCUGGAAGCUAUCAAGGCACAACUCAGGCUGAAACAGCUUCAGAAGAGCCGAGGGAAAUCUUCCACCGCGGGUUCAGGUACACAUGAGGUAGACAAGACAUUUUCCAGACCAACGUCCGCCAUUAGCUUCACAUCGCAGCCCUCCGAUUUUACCGCGAAGAGCCCUGGUGCGAGAUUUCAAUCAGAUGAGGUUCAGGUCCCGCUGUCUCCAACACGGCGACCGGUUGUUGCAACUGAGUCAGUGUCCCCUCGGCGAGUUAUUCUUGGAAUUGACAAGGGUCGAAAAGGAGGUGAGGUGUCCCUUAAGCGACCUCCAAUGUCAAAAACCACAACGCGGCCGACAAGUCGCUUGGGCAGUCGAGAUGGUCUGGGGUCUCAUACCCAGCCGCUGGCGGAUGGAGAGGCGAAAAAGAUCAAGAGCUUUAGUGAACGAAUGGCUGAAAGCAGAUCAACGGAUAAACUCCGAAGAGAGCGAGUAGAGAGGUCCCAAGCGAACCGCAGCGUCGCAUUCCAAUUCGAUAAGGCAGAGAUGGAAGCAUUUAAAGCUGCAGCCGCUGAGACGCGGGCGACGUCUCCCGUAAGGUCUCCAACGAGACGCCGGCAGGCUGAAAGCUUUAGCCGGGAGGACGUUCUACGGUCCUUUCAGGGCAACAGCCCAGCGGCGCUGAGAAGGAGCCAGACUGCUCCCAGUGCGCGCAAACACGGCAAUGCUGACCCUGCGGAGUCAAGGUCUUAUUUCCAUAGACGAAACCACAAAUCCGAGUCGAGUGCACCCUCCUCGCAAGCGAGCAGCUUUACAAAGGCUUCCUCGGACGAGUCUGUUGGCGGGAGAGAACUUGAUCUUGACAAGACACCGGAUUCGUCGAAAUUUGAGUCUUUCUCUUCAUUGCAUCUUUCGAACCGCAUCCUCCCCCAUUCAUUCCUGUCCCGGACUCUGGCAGAUAAGAAAGUCCUGCAAAUCCCAGACCUCCUUCGGACAGUCAAAGGCCCUGCCUUUGAGUUACCCGAGGACAUCGACGGGGACUAUGUGGUGUUUGGGAUCGUGGCCUCGAAAUCCGAACCAAAACAGGUGAAAGAAUCAAAAAAUGUCUCUGCGAAGGAGAACGACCCCUUCGACGACGGGCUACAGAAUACCAAUCAAUACAUGGCUAUUACACUCACAGACCUUAAGUGGACCAUCGAUCUUUUCCUAUUCGACACUGCUUUUCCGCGGUAUUACAGACUCUCAGAGGGCAUCGUCAUCGCAAUUCUGAAUCCUACGAUCAUGCCUCCCCCUAGGCACAAGCUCGACACGAACAAAUUCAGUCUCUCGAUAUCCUCAUCCGACGAUACAGUCCUGGAAGUAGGUUUUGCACAGGAUAUUGGAUUCUGCAAGGCUGUCAAAAAGGACGGUAAGACCUGUCAUUCAUGGGUUGAUGGCCGGAAGACAGAGUUCUGUGAUUUUCACGUCGACCUCCAGGUUCGCCGUACCCAAGCGCAGCGAAUGGGCGUCAACAGUGGAACGGGCAUGUUUGGCCCUGGGGGGCGUUCGGGCCCGCGCACCGGCUUCUUCGGCGGAGGGAAGAGAGGUGACUAUAAAAGCGGACUGAAGGCGAAUGGUGCCCAAUAUGACAUGCAAACUCAGUCGGUAUACUAUAUUGCACCAGCUCCGAAGACUUCUCACGACGCCAGCCACCCUUUCUCCAACAGGCCUCGUGGCCAGUCUGCUGCUAGUCUCAUCGACGCUGACCAUGAUGACCCUUUCAUAGCCGCAGGGAUGAUGAGCCGUGGGUCGGAGAGCAAGGAAGAACGCUUCCGCAAGCGUCUUCUGGAACAGAAACGAGAGCGCGACAUCGCGCAGAAGCUUUCCACUUCUCGUGGGCCUGGAAUAGGCGCUGACUACCUCCGUGCUCGACAAGCGGAGAACGCUCCGUCUUCGCCCUCCGUAAAGCAGAUGCAGAACAAGUCAAAUGCCGAUGCCACGAGUCAGGUCCAGAACCUCGGCUUGGGGGGACUACGCAAGGCCGGCAAUGUGAAACUGAGCCCCUUAAAGCGCGCCCAUGAUGGUGACAAAUCCCACGGCAGCGUCAAGAAGACUCGAUUCAUCACUGCAAAAGGCAUCAAGGAAGCCGGAAGGGACAGCCUUGGAGGGAAAACCGAAGCUGCGACGACCAAAACAACGUAUGAUGACGAUGAUGACGACCUAGAGAUUAUCUAG